AUGUCUCAGAAUCCCACUUCAAACUCACCGGCUGAAAGCGUAGCAUCCCCAUUUGGUUACUUGGAGAAAUACGGACAUCUCGCACCUACCCGCGAGAAGCCCGCUCACGACUUCGACGACCUAGAAGAAUCUCUCUCUGUUCAAAUCAACGAUAAAUAUAUCAACUGCUUCAGACUCGUGGCCUCGGGUAAAAACACCACAGGCACCGGAUGCGGCCUCCGUAUACAUGCAUUCACCAACGAUUCGGAAUGCAAAGACAUCGCCAUGAAAGGGAAACGGGAGGAUGUCCAGGUCACUGCCGCGCCGAAAGACAAGCUCGCGGAUGAGGUCACUGGCGAGAUCAUGGCUAUUUCGCUGGGGAACCAGGGAUGUAUUGUCAUUCUGGUGUAUUUCAAGAAAGCUGACUUGGGCUUGGUUGGGGAUGAUGAGUGGGUAAAGGUCUUGUUGGAUGCGGAGUACAAAGAGGAUGUGAUUCCGCAAUGGGAGGACUUGGAGGAGUGA